UCAAUCCGUCUGUUCUCCAGCCUCCACAUCGUACAGGGGAGAAGCGAGAGAUGUGGAGGUCCAAAGCGGCUAGGGUUUUCCUUCUCCAAUCCUCCUCCUUCUCCGUUCGAAGAUUUCCUCGUCCGUUGCUUUCCCAAUGCCCUUCCAAAACCCUAACCCAAAUCCCACCUCCAACCCCGUUUCCAUCCAAAUGGAUCUUUCCCACCAGAUCGCUCCACCAAAACCCUAGAUUCUUCUCAUCCGGCAGCGACACGGAGUCCCGAGAGAAGAUUGGAAAAGUCUCUACCUUUGAUUUUGUGGAGUCAGGUGAGUCCGCGGUCGAUCAAAAUUCGGUUUUUGGCGAUGAAUCCGACGCUAUUCCUUUGGAUUCCAAUCCCGGCUUGGUUUCGGGGGAAUCAGAAAGUUCUUCGUUGGAUUUUGGUGUGGUCAAGGAGAAUGGCGAGGUUGAAGGAGAGAGCAGCCUGAGUUCUUUGUGGGAAGAAAGUGUCCGUGGUGACGAUUCCGCGGAUAUAUUUACGCCGGAUGACACACUAGGAGGAGCUGAAGAUGGGGUUGCAGAGAUCGACAUCGAGCAAGUCGAGAAGGUUCAAUCUCUUCUCCAAAGUACUUCGCAAGAGCAAUUAAAAUCGGGCUUAAACAAGAUGGAUUUGAGUUUGAGCGAAGGGUUUGUGGCUAGGGUUCUGCAAACUCCACUUGUUUCAGCAGAAAAUUUAUUUGGUUUCUUCAGUUGGGCUUCGAGGAAUGAUAAAUCGGUGAAAAGUUCGAGGAAUUUGGAACUCCUUGUCAGAGGAGUUAGCAGUUGUGCUGAUCUUAGCAAGAUGGAAGCUUACAUGUUGUGGGAUUUGGUUAAGGAGAUUGGAUGUGAGAUGGGAUUGCUAAAUACUCAAACUCUUAACCAGUUGAUCGCCAUUUUCUGGAAGCUAGGGAAGGCCAGAGCUGGUCUCGAGGUUUUCGACAAGUUUGAUGAGUUCGGCUGUAAUCCAGAUGCUAACACUUACUACUUUACAAUUGAAGCACUUGGCAGGCGAUCCAUGUUUGAUACUGCUUGGCCUGUUUGUCAGAGGAUGCUAAAUUCAGGAAGCCUUCCUGAUGGCGAGAAGGUCGGAAAGAUCAUUACUUUCUUCUGCAGGGGAAAGAAGGCGAAAGAAGCGCACUCGGUGUAUCUGAAGGCAAAAGAGAAUAAGAUAUAUCCACCGAGAUCUUGCUUGGAGGUAUUGGUUGGUGGCCUAUCUAGCAAUGAUGAAACCAUUUUUAUAGCUCUAGAAUUACUAGAGGAAUACUCGGGGGAGUCUCUCAAGUAUGCAAAUAGACCUUUUGCUUCAGUUGUUCAGGGCUUAUGCAGGACUAAAAAUCUGCAUGAAGCAAAGAAACUGUUAAUGAGAAUGGUUAAUUCAGGGCCUGCACCUGGAAAUGCCGUGUUCAAUUAUGUUAUCACUGCGCUAUCUAAAGGAGGAGAAAUGGAGGAUGCGAUAGCUUUGACGAAAGUAAUGGAGCGUAGAGGACUGAGGCCAGAUGUUUAUACAUACAGUGUCAUCAUGAGUGGCUUUGCAAAGGGUGGCCUGAUGGAUGAGGCCUAUAAGAUCUUCUGUGAAGCCAAAAAAAGGCAUCCUAAGCUGAGUCCUGUCACCUACCACAUACUUAUUCGUGGUUAUUGCCAGAUGGAGGAGUUUGAGAAGGCACUUGAAUGCAUGAAGGAGAUGAAGGAAGAUGGGUUACAGCCAAACACAGAUGAGUAUAAUAAAAUGAUACAGUCGUUGUGCCUCAAGGCUUUGGACUGGCGCACGGCAGAGAAGCUUUUGGCAGAGAUGAAAGAGAGUGGUCUGCACCUUAAGGGGAUUACGCGCGGCCUUAUAGCAGCCAUUAAAGAACUAGAAGAGGAGGAGAUACAGUCAAAAGGACGAAGCCUUCAAGCGUAACUCGUCGUGGGAUAGUCUAGGUCAUUAUGAGCCGAGGCAGCUGGAGUUAAAUCCUGCUUUUAUUCCUUUUUCAAGCUGAGAAAGAGUAUUAGCUGUUUUGGUAAAAUACAAAAUCAAUCUUUGGGCUGGAGUUGGAAAUACUGAGCUAAUUAGAAGCAUCUUCUCUUUGGGAUUUAUUCUGUUUCAAAUGUUUUCUUCUAUAUUAUCACAAUGGGUGUGUCCAAACAUUGUUUUACUUUGUGUUUUCCAAAUUCAGAAAUUGCUGUUUUUUAUUCA